AUGUACUACGAUGAAAUUGAGAUAGAAGAUUGCAGUUUCGACGAGGAUAAGCAAUUAUUCCACUACCCAUGCCCCUGUGGCGAUAGAUUCGAAAUAUCAAAAGAACAGCUCGCAGAUGGCGAAGACAUAGCACGCUGUCCAAGCUGCUCAUUGAUUAUUAGAAUAAUUUAUGAUCCCGUAGGUCAGCUAUACAUCAAAUACAGUAGCUAA